GUGAACAGCAUUGCGGAUAUCACUGACAGUUUGGAGGAGCUAGAACUCUCUGAACGCCAAUCUGUCGGAUUCGUAGUCAAAUGUGAGAGCCUCAACCCCCAGUUUUGUAUCGCCAGAUGCGAGAAGCCCAUUGGUUGGAUGAACUAUACGUUACCCCAUCACUCACUCUUGCAGGGUGUACGCAGUCAAAAUCGGAAGCCGUUGACUCUAAGGAGUCCGCUAUGCUCAACUCUGUUAAAUGACAUCUACAUGGGGGUUAAAACUCACGCAAGAGAAGGUUGGGCACUGCAGGAAACAAAGGAAGGCAGGGAGUUAAUAUUGAGUGAAUGUUGGACCGAAAAAUUAUCUACCCUGGAGUAUGAUGAACCAAUCUCGGGGUCAGCUGUAAACUGCAUCGCAUCAAGAAACACCCAAAGCAGCAGAUGUGAAGAAAUGAUCGACAUCAAAACCCCUGCUGUUGUCACGAAACAGGCUCUUUCGGGUGCAGAUCUCCAAGGGACAUCAUCACGGAAACGCCUCUCGGAAUCAAGCAUACAAGGGACCACACAAGGGACCGCUUGCUGGCUUGGUGCUCAGUAUCCGCUUCCAACUAUCCUUCGAGUUGAUUUCCUGUCCUGUUGGAGUUCAAUACCCCGUCUUGGUAUUUGAAUAUAUCCCAAGCACAAGCCUAGUCUCAAAACGAAGUACGGAAUCCACAACUCAGAGAGAUAACGGAGCACGGUAACGACUCUCCUUUCAUCUCAAUUGUGUGGCUUCUAUUGUUGCCGUGUGGCUCGAGAGUAAGAAUUUGCUCAAUGUGGACUACGCGGCAUCU